UCCGUCAACGCUGCGAGUGAGGCCCGAUCGCCGGGAAAAGCCGCGACAGCAGCUGGGCGGUGGUCGUCGGCGGUGCUGGGGGGAGCUGCAGGAAAAGCUGUUUGCGCGCGUUGGCGCGUGUUGGUCACGACUCCACCCACAUAGAUCCGACGACCACUGCAACUAGUAAAGCAAUGCUCCAUAAAAUAACAUUUGAUUUGAGUCCACUUCUAUCCAACCAUUCAAAUAAUAAGGAAGCGUUGAAGACGAAGACUUAGUUUUGAUGGAUUAUACUUCGCCUGCGGCUUCAUGCGUCGAAACAUCGAAGAAGACAAUUGGCUUUUUGUCGUCUCCCUUGCGAAUGAGUGGUCGCGAAUAACGGUUCUGUAUAAUGAAGAAAUCUCGCCAGCAUCCGCAUGGGCACCGGUCUCAUCCCCAGUCUCAAUCGCAACAAUACCAGGUGAAGCAACGGCAGUUUGGUCUGCAAAUCCAACCCAUAAGGUUCAAUCCAAUGCAACAGUGGAGCUCACUCCCGAAGCAGGUCUGGUCUUAAAAGACAGUGAUGGAACUUUAGUAUGGCAAACCAACACUUCUGGCAAGCUUGUUACGGGCAUGAAACUGUCUGAAAUGGGGAAUCUCGUGCUCUUCGAUCACAAUAAUAUUACCGUUUGGCAAUCAUUUGAUCACCCCACGGACACUCUACUCUUAGGCCAAAAAUUGAUGCCUGGGCAAAGUCUCAUCUCUGAUGGAGGUUUGUUCUCAUUUUUCCUCACAAGAAAUGCUUGUUUGGUUCACACUCUCUCUAAUCCUCCCCUCGUCUAUUCUUCAUUUUCUAAUGGUACAAAAGUGAACGACAUUAAAUUCACUAAUUCAAGUUCAGGUUCAUCAAUCAUUAUCGAAUAUUCAGAUCAUAAUUCUUACUCGAUUAGUCAAAUUAGUUUCGAGGACUCAUCAGUAGGAAAAUACAUCAAGUUUGAGUCGGAUGGGCACCUGAAAGCAUAUGAGAACAAAUUUGGAUAUAUGGGGAGUUUAGUCGCUGAUAAUCUUCUAGGUCUUGAUGCAUGUGAAUACCCAAUGGUGUGUGGGGAGUAUGGUGUUUGCUCUGUUGGGGGGCAGUACAGAUGCCCUUUGUUCGGACUUACUACUGCAAGCUACCUUAAGCCUAAAGAUUUGCAUAGGCCCGAACUUGGUUGUAUUCGGAUCACACCCUUGUCUUGCAAAUCUUUGCAAAACCAUAUUCUUGUAAAGUUGGAAAAUAUCACUUACUUCCCUUUUAUUCAAACACAAUAUUUUGUGAAUUUCAAUAUAACAAAUAUUGAGAUUUGCAAGCAGGCUUGUUUGAAGAAUUGUUCUUGCAAAGCUGCUGUGUUUGAGCAUGCAAUUGGCAUUGGCACUAAUGUAUCAGAUGGCUUUGGCUUUAAUGGAUCAAUAUAUUCAUCGGAAGGAAGAUGCUAUUUAGCACCCCAGGUAUACUCACUGAUUGAAAGCGAAUCAGGAAGAAGGGUGGGAAGAAGGGUGGUAUUUAUAAAGGUCCAAACUGAAAAUCAUGGCCAUCAUACUGUUUCCAUCAUCUUGGGAUCUAGCUUUGGAGCUUCUUUUGCUCUGUUUCUUUUAAUAGUUAUUCUAAUAUAUUGUUUUCAACGAAGAAAAUAUGCAAGGGUGGCUGUUGAAGAUAAUUUAGACCAAAUACCAGGAAUCCCCAAAAGGUUUACUUAUGAAUUCUUGAAAGCGUCAACAGAGAAUUUUAACAAAAAGCUCGGUAAAGGAGGAUUUGGGUCGGUUUAUGAAGGAACUCUCAAUGACGGCAGCAAAGUUGCCGUGAAGCUUCUUAAUGGUUCUCUACAUGUUAAGAAGUCUUUCUUGGCUGAGGUCGAGACAAUAGGCAGGAUUCACCAUUUCAAUUUGGCAAGAUUGGUUGGGUAUUGUGUUGAGAGUUCGUGUUGGGCUUUAGUUUAUGAAUAUAUGUGCAACGGGUCAUUGGAAAAUUGGAUCUUCCAGAGAAACAACAAUUUCUCUCUUGAUUGGAAGACUAGAAGGAAGAUCAUCCUCGACAUAGCCAAGGGGAUGGCCUAUCUCCAUGAAGGAUGCCAGCAGAAAAUAAUUCACUUGGACAUUAAACCCCAAAACAUCCUUUUGGACAAAAAUUUCAACGCAAAAGUUUCUGAUUUUGGACUGUCCAAGUUAAUUGAAAGGGAUCAAAGCCAAGUUGUGACGACAAUGAGAGGAACUCCAGGAUAUCUAGCACCUGAAUGGCUGAGCUCUGUCAUUACAGAAAAAGUUGAUGUUUACAGCUUUGGAGUUGUGAUGUUGGAAAUAGUGUGUGGGCGGAAAAUUUUUGAUCAUUCUCAGCCAGAAGAAUGCAAGCAUUUGUUAAGUCUUUUCAAGCAGAAAGCAGAGGAGGAUCAACUGUCGGAUAUGGUUGACAAGAGCAGUGAGGAUAUGCAAUUACAUGGGGAAGAAGUCGUGACGAUGAUGAAGGUGGCAGCAUGGUGUUUGCAAAGUGAUUUUGCAAAGAGGCCUUCCAUGUCGCUUGUGAUUAAAGCCUUGGAGGGUGUGGUGGAUGUUGAAGACCCCUUGGAUUAUAACUUCUUCAGUCCUCCUUUUGGAAGAACCAUUGCUGCAGUUGAUGUAGCAAGAGAUGAUGGCAUUAUGGCUUCAUCAAUAUUGCCAUCACUUUUAUCAGGACCAAGGUGAAGAAAAGGCUUGAACGUGUGAGAGUUGGCUGACUUGUCGAGGGAGAGCUCUCAACGAGUGCCACACGGCCCUUACUUGAGUUCCAUUUUGGGGGUCCGUGACAGUUGGUAUCAGAGCACAGUGUGUGCGAGCACCAUGCGUGGGAUUAGGAGAAAUAAGUCCGGAAGAGUGAAGUGCAUUGAGGCGCUUGAGACAAAACUUGCAACCCUGGAGACAACGUGCGGUGACCUCCAAGGGUUGGUGGCAACAUUGAUAAAAGAGAAAGGCGGGUCAACAGAGCUUGAGGCUGCCGAAGAAAACCCUAGAGAAAAUCUCUAUGGGGUAUCAAAAGUCGUAGAGAGACUUGAGGAACUUGAAAAAUUCAUUCCAAGUGUGAAAUCCCUGGAGAAACGGCCAAGAGAGCUUGAGGCAUUCCAGAAGAGUAUCGAGCAGUUGGAAGCCUUUGAGAGUAGGCUACAACAUAUUGAGGGCAUAUUGCCAUCUCUUUCGUCCCAACGGGGAGAGCCAAUAGAGCUUGAGGCCUCCUUACGGGAGCUAACGGAUAAUCUUGAUUUCCUUACAGAAGAUGUUAAAGUGUCCAUUACUGCUUUGAAGGGAGAUUUGAAGGAGAUGGGUAAUGUCCAAAGUGCGGUGGUCCAAGUCUAGAGGGAUUUACAAGAGAUCACUGCGAAAGUGAAUGCAGUGGCACAGUUAGCCCGAUGGCCAGUUGCACAUCCAAAUGAGAGUUCUCGAUGGAAGGUACCGGAACCUAAAAGUUUUGGGGGUACACGAGAUGCAAAGGAGCUAGACAAUUUCUUCUUUGAUAUGGAACACUACUUCACGUGCUCCCGAGUGGAUUUAGAAGUGGACCGGGUCAAUAUGGCAACGGUAUACCUGGUUAGGGAUGCAAAAUUGUGGUGGAGAACUAAAUGGAAUGAUAUUCAGCACAAUAGAUGUGUCAUUAACACAUGGGAGGGGUUGAAACAGGCGUUGAAGGCCCAAUUCUAUCCAGAAAAUGUGGAGUAUAUAGCAAAGUGCAAAGUAAUGGAAUUGCAACAGACGGGCUCGUUAAGGAGUUAUGUAAGGGAAUACCAAGCCUUGAUGUUGGACAUUGUAGACAUGAUUGAAUCGGAUAAACUGAUUCAUUUUCUUCGGGGUUUGAAGACAUGACCAAGAAAUGAAAUACGUUGGCAAGGUGCUGGUGAUCUCUCUUCUGCCCUCGCUGCUGCUGAACGAUUGGAUGAUUUUUCAGAUACUUCUGGGAAGCGAAAUUUCCCUACAUCCGCCAAUAAUGAUUCCCGUCCCAACAAAGUGUAUAAGCCCACAAAUGGGGGAAGGGAUAAGGAGACAAAUAGUUUUUGGAAAGAUAAAAGAGCGCCCAUGAAUAGGGAGUGGAGGGGCGGACGAACAGGGGGUGGAGAGCGUCGACCGAUCUCUUGUUUUCUUUGCAGUGGACCACAUCGAGUGGCGGAGUGCCCCGAUCGUAAGGCUUUGAAUGCUAUGAAGGCCCUUCGAGGGGAAACCGAAACCUCGACAGCAAUUCCAGAAGAACAACCGAAUAUGGUGGGAGCCUUGAGAUUUUUGGGGGCAUUAGAGCGUCAAGUAAUUCACAACAAGUCUCAGGAGAAGGGACUAAUGUAUGUGGAUCUACUUUUGAAUGGAAAGAAAAUCAGGGCCAUGAUUGAUACAUGGGCCACCCACAAUUUCAUUGCUGAUUCUGAAGCUCAACGGUUAGAAUUGCAAGUAGAUAAAGAUGUGGGCAAGAUAAAAGCAGUGAAUUCUCCAGCAUUAACCACGGUGGGAGUGGUACCUAAAGUGGCAUGCCAAAUGGGAUCAUGGUUUGGAACAGUUGAUUUCACUGUGGCACCCUUUGACGACUUUGAUGUGGUAUUGGGGAUGGAUUUUCUUAAAGUGACACGCUCAAUGCCGAUCCCAGCUGCGGAUUGUCUUGUGAUAAUGGGAAGUGCACCUUGUGCGGUCCCCGCAGCCUACAACAAUUUCAAUGAGAGGAAGUUGCUCUCAGCCCUCCAAUUCAAAAAGGGAGUAAAAAGGGGAGAAUCUUCUUUCGUGGUUCUACUAAUUGUCUCAGAAGAUGCAGAAGUAGGGGAAUAUCCACUUGAGAUUAAGGAAGUUUUAGAAGAGUUCAAGGAGGUGAUCCCGGAACAGCUACCCAGGGUUUUACCACCUCGACGACAGAUUGACCACGAAAUUGAACUUUUUCUAGGAGUAAAGCCGCCAGCCCGUGCCCCUUAUCGAAUGGCGCCGCCUGAGUUAGCUGAACUUAGAAGGCAACUGAAUGAUCUUAUUGCAGCAGGGUUCAUCCGGCCUUCAAAAGCACCUUUUGGGGCCCCAGUGUUAUUUCAGAAGAAAUAAGAUGGUAGUUUGCGCUUGUGUAUAGAUUAUCGGGCUCUUAAUAAGGUGACCGUGCGCAACAAGUAUCCUAUUCCACUGAUUGCUGAUAUUUUUGACCAGUUAAGUACAGCUAGAUAUUUCACGAAACUGGACUUGAGGUCGGGAUAUCAUCAAGUGCGUAUUGUUGAGGAAGAUGAACCGAAGACCACUUGUGUCACACGGUAUGGAGCAUUUGAAUUCCUUGUCAUGCCUUUUGGGCUAACAAAUGCACCCGCUACCUUUUGUUCUCUAAUGAAUCAGGUUUUUCGGGACUACCUUGAUCAGUUUGUGGUUGUUUACCUUGAUGACAUACUGGUUUUCAGCGCAUCCUUAGAAGAACAUAAAGAUCAUCUUCGAAAGGUUUUUCAAAAACUCAAAGAAAAUCAGUUAUAUGUAAAAGGGGAGAAGUGUGCUUUCGCUCAAAAGCGUAUUAAAUUCUUGGGGCAUAUCAUUGAGGAGGGCCAGAUUCGGAUGGAUUCAGCUAAAGUAAAAACUAUCAAGGAGUGGCGAGCACCUACAUCCGUUAGAGAACUGCGAUCUUUCUUGGGUCUAGCCAACUACUACCGAAAGUUUAUAGAGGGGUACUCUAGAAGAGUUGUAUUGUUAACGAAUUUAUUGAGGAAGGGGGUACCAUGGGGGUGGUCAGAAGAGUGCCAAUCAGCAUUUGUUGAAUUAAAGGAAAAGAUUGUAGGAGAUCCUGUGCUAAUCUUUCCUGAUGUGACAAAACCGUUUGAAGUGCAAGUAGAUGCCUCAGACUUUGCAUUAGGGGGAGUUCUCUUGCAGGAAGGGCAUCCAGUUGCUUUUGAAAGUAGAAAAUUGUCGGGUGCCGAACGGAACUAUACAGCACAAGAAAAGGAGCUUCUCGUAGUGGUACACUGUCUUCGGGUGUGGAGGCACUAUCUCUUGGGGUCCAAAUUUGUGGUAAAAACCGAUAAUGUAGCAGUUACUCAUUUUUUGUCACAACCUGGACUAACGUCAAAACAAGCCCGUUGGCAGGAGAAGCUAGCUGAAUUUGAUUUUGGCUUUGAAUAUAAAGUGGGGAAGAUGAAUGAAGUGGCCGACGCUUUAAGUAGAAAAACUGAAUUGGCAGCAUUGAAAAUCAUCAGUCAUCUAUCAACUAGUAGGGUGGCGCUACCUUUGAAGAAUCUUAUCAAGGAACAUUUAAGUACAGACCAGCAGGCGCAGUCACUAAGCAAACUAAUAGAUGAAGGGAAGACACGACAAUUCUGGGUAGAAGAUGGACUGAUAAUGACUAAAAGCAGGAGAGUCUAUGUGCCUAAAGCUGGAAACUUGAGGAAAACCUUACUGAAAGAGUGUCAUGAUACGUUGUGGGCUGGUCAUCCGGGAUGGCGAAGAACUCAUGCUUUGAUUACACAGGGGUACUAUUGGCCAAAUAUGCAAGAUGAUGUGAUGAGUUAUACUAAAACGUGCUUGAUCUGUCAACAAGACAAGGUAGAAAGAAAGAAGACCUCAGGUUUAUUAGAGCCAUUGCUAGUUCCUGCUAGGCCAUGGGAGAGUGUCUCUUUGGAUUUUAUUUCCUCGUUGCCAAAAGUAGAGGAGUUUGACACAAUUUUGGUGGUGAUUGACCGGUUCUCAAAGUAUGCAACUUUCGUACCAGUCUCGAAGUCGUGUUCAGCAGAGAAGACAGCUCAGUUAUUCUUCAAGCAUGUGGUGAAAUAUUGGAUGUUCCAGAAAGCUUAAUUAGUGAUAGGGAUGUUAGAUUCACGGGGGGAUUUUGGGGUGAACUCUUUCGUUUGAUGGGUUCAAACCUUAAUCUUUCCACGAGCUAUCACCCACAGACAGAUGGUCAAACUGAACGUUUUAAUGGGAUGCUGGAAGAAUACUUGCGACAUUUUGUUCACUCCAAUCAGAAGAAUUGGGUUACUUUACUAGACACGGCACAAUUCUGUUUUAACUCUAUGAAAUCUUCUGCAACUAAUAAAAGCCCCUUUGAGAUUGUGACAGGUCAACAACCAACUCUUCCACACACUCUGGAUGGUCCAUACAAAGGAAAUUGCCCAAAAGCCUACCAAUUCACGAAAAAUUGGUUGCAAAACAUCGAAGUCACCCGAGCUCAGUUAGAAAAAGCAUCCAAGCGCAUGAAGAAAUGGGCUGACAAAGGGAGACGACCACAACAAUUUGAAGCUGGAGAUCUGGUUCUUGUAAAAGUGCCGCUGGAGACAUUUCGCUUUCUUCGUGGCAAGGAUAAAAGGCUGUUACGUCGUUACGAAGGUCCAAUCAGAGUAAUCGAAAAGGUGGGACAUGCAUCUUAUCGGCUUGAGCAACCUGAGUGGAUGAAAAGCCACAGACGUCCAGUUCAUCCCGUGUUUCAUGUAAGCAAUUUCAAGCCAUUCCACACAGAUGAAGCAGAUCCGCACCGACAAAAAUUAAGGAGAUCAACAAUUUCCAGAAGGCAUCCUGUCACCAAAGAAGUCCAGGAGAUCAUUGCAGACAGAGUCGUCAAUCUAGAAGGUCGUCAACAACAACAAUUUCUGGUUCAGUGGUUAGGACUGGGGGAAGAAGAGAAUAGUUGGGAAACAGCAGACAACCUUCAGCAUGCCAUACAGAAGAUUGAAGAUUUCAGAAAUUCGUAGUCAACGACAUCUACAUCGACAUCAGAAGAGUGAGAAGGCCGUCUACAACACAUCGACGAGGACGUCGAUAAAUUGAGUGGGGGAGGAUGUUAGGGUGUGACCAUGUAAUGGGGAAAAUGGGGGAGUGAGAUACUGCUAUAAUUGUAUUCUUCAGGGAUUUAGAAUGAAUAUAUGAAUAUCUGUGUUAUCGCUUGUAUGGUGAUUCUCUUGUAGAUGAAUAAUACAAGUAGUUCU